CGACCCAGCCUGAACUCAUGUGUUACUAAAAGCCAUGUUCAUGGAGUUCUGUCUUCCUGGGGCCAGACGCUAUUACAGGCCAAAUCCACUGUAUGAAAAAUUGAAGUUAAAGGAGAAGAUGGUCCCGUCAUUCCUGAACAAAUUAGAGACUGAUAACAUUGACUCCUGUGAGAACUUCCAGGAGCACAAGAAAGAGAUUAACUUCUAUAGAAACCUGCACAGUCGGCUCCUGUUGCAGUCCUCUCUUGUAAAGAAGUCAUUGGUCCAAGUGAAGCAGGAUUACAAGGAAGUGAAGGCUGAUUGGUACCUCCUCCAACAGUACUUGACUGAGAUGAACCUGACUGUUGAAGAUGAACAGGAGAAGACCAGCAACCUCCAGAAACAGCAACAUCAGGUCUCAGAAGCUGCAAGAGAGCUGGAAUUGGCCACAUCCCAGCAGGAGAGCCUCUUCCAGAAUGAGUUGCCACCUCAGGAGCCCCCUGCUGAGCUCUGUCCUCAACAGCCACAGACUUCUUUGGAUGAAUCUCCUUCCUCAUGGAUCAUUUCCACAGUGUGAAUGGGCCCAAACUAUGUAGCCAGUGAGACAGCCAGGCUGAUCCAUGGUCUUUUUCUCUUUCCUGUGUGACCCCUUGAGAGAGAACUGAGGUGACUGCAG